AUGGUCCCGGAAACUGAUCAAGACAAGCUGCCGACUGAGCAAGUUCGUCAAGCAUUGAGUCGCAAGUACUCAACUCUACGCUAUAAAGUCGAGUAUAAUAGCUACUUGUCCAAUCACCUGUUGCAUGCGGUCGUGGCAUUACACGAUCUCGGUGCAAAUGAGCAAAAGAUCGCUGAUUAUGCCGCGCACUAUUCGCAAAAGCUUGAUGUCGAGGAUCCAGAUCACGAAGACGUUUACGAGCAUGCUGCAACAAAAAGCAUGCUUGAUGAUGAUCAAAUUCAAAUGUUGCUUGGCAAGCGCCAAAAUUACGACGCUUUACUUGCUUAUUACGCACAGGACGUCAAGAAGUUUGGCGUUGAUGGAGCAGUGCGCAAACAUUUGCCUCACCUCUAUAGUGGCUUAGCUGGCGCUCUGAUGCACGGCAUUAUUCAACUCGGCUAUGCCUAUCACAUUGGAGGUGAUCGUCUUGUCGCGGAAGGUCUCGCGUAUCUGCAUUACAGUUACUUGCCAUUUAACGAGCCUAUCAUGCCUCUUAGCCAAAAUCUACUGCUACAAUUUACUCGCCAAACUGUUUAUGAAGUGGUUGACGCAGUCACUAGCAACGCUUUCCUACGGUCAGAACAAGAUCGUGUUAUGUCCAUCUCGCCUGUGAAGGACCUCGAUAUUGGCUGGAUUCAGCGUGGUCUUAAUGUUUUGUCCGGCCACUUGACGCAUAAUAGUCCUAGAGCUUUUGCAUUUCUCUGGGAGAAGGUCAAUGAGUUUGAUUUUUCCGACUUUGACGGUACCCAUGCGCUCGAUAUGAUAAUGUGGUUGUAUGUCAUGCUACAACACAAUGAUUUUAUUGUUCUUCACGCCGUUACAUCAGCCUGGUCGAUUCAGCGAUUGGAGAACUUGCUGUCACUAUCUGACAGGACUAAGGCUUGGCGAGUGUGGUUUCACGUGGCUCUAUCAGCGCUGAUAACCUCUCGUGCGCGUGAUUUUCGUAUGCAAGAUGUGUGUCCGCCGGAACAAGAACUAAAUUCUCGCCUUGCUGAGCUUCCGACAUGGUAUCAAUUACGUGAAAUGACAAUCGCUUUACCUGGAUUCCCAGACGAGCAUGUAUACAAAUUGGUACAGGUGGCUUGCGACCACGUUCAUGCUGGAAAAUCUAGCGGCUUCUUAUCAGCUACCGAGCGCGACUUUGUCGCUCGUACCGCCGCCAUUACUGUCAUUACGUCUCCAUUUAAGCCGUACACGCAGCAACUUGACUAG